AUGGGUCGAGGAAACAGCACUGAAGUGACUGAAUUCCAUCUUCUGGGAUUUGGUGUCCAACACAAAUUUCAGCAUGUCCUUUUCAUUGUACUUCUUCUUAUCUAUGUGACCUCCCUGAUAGGAAAUAUUGGAAUGAUCUUACUCAUCAAGACCGAUUCCAGACUUCAAACACCCAUGUACUUUUUUCUACAACAUUUGGCUUUUGUUGAUAUCUGUUAUACUUCUGCUAUCACUCCCAAGAUGCUCCAAAGCUUCACAGAAGAAAAUAAUUUGAUAUCAUUUCGGGGCUGUGUGAUACAAUUCUUAGUUUAUGCAACAUUUGCAACCAGUGACUGUUACCUCCUGGCUAUUAUGGCAACGGAUUGUUAUGUUGCCAUCUGUAAGCCCCUUUACUAUCCCAUGAUCAUGUCCCAAACAGUCUACAUCCAACUGGUAGCUGGUUCAUAUAUUAUAGGCUCAAUAAAUGCCUCUGUACAUACAGGUUUUACAUUUUCACUGUCCUUCUGCAAGUCUAAUAAAAUCAAUCACUUUUUCUGUGAUGGUCUCCCAAUUCUUGCCCUUUCAUGCUCCAACACUGACAUCAACAUCAUUCUAGAUGUUGUCUUGAUGUUCACUGGGUUGGUCAUCAUCUUUUCCUACAUCUACAUUAUGGUCACCAUCCUGAAGAUGUCUUCUACUGCUGGGAGGAAAAAAUCCUUCUCCACAUGUGCCUCCCACCUGACAGCAGUAACCAUUUUCUAUGGGACACUCUCUUACAUGUACUUACAGCCUCAGUCUAAUAAUUCUCAGGAGAAUAUGAAAGUAGCCUCUAUAUUUUAUGGCACUGUUAUUCCCAUGUUGAAUCCUUUAAUCUAUAGCUUGAGAAAUAAGGAAGUAAAAUAA